UUUGUUUACAACUAGAUUUCAUUGUGAUUUCGAACGCCUUGUUUGCAUUAAAGCUGCUGCCUUUGAGCUUAGUUGGAGACCCUGGAAGCUAUGCAAGCCUAAUUUGCCGGUCAAUCGGGUUUCAAAUAGAGCUGAGGAUGUCAACUCAGGCCAGAAAUGAUCAACUAUUCCUUGCAAAACGGUCGAGUAGAAAGAAGAGAUCAAAAUCAAUCGUAGAAGAGAUCGAGUCUUUCAAUUUCCCACAUCUCUUUUUAUAAAAGAAGCUGUAUAUGCCCGCGGAUUCAAAAUCUGGCUUUGGGCACCCUACAAGAUGCAAAGUGCUUCUUAGAAACCAACUUGACAAGCCACAGGUGGGCCGUAUGAAAACGCUGCAGGUAGAAACUGGAGUUUCAAAAAGUAUAGGUUGUUAUUUAGGAAGUCAAAAUUGCAACAUGUAAACUCUAAAUCGAUCUAUAACAUAUAUCUUUAGACACAAUCUUUAUUUAUCAGGAUGAUAUAUUCAGAUUUAUUUUUUUAUGGAAUUAUCUUUUUUUACUGCACUAGCCUAUCCCCAGCAUUUUGACACACAAGCAAAACCAUGAUAUGGAUAAGGUUAGGUUUUGGGUACGGAUUUGCGUCUCGAUUGAUUGAUGUGGCAUCCCUCAUGGGCUCCGACACAAGUUGGAAAGUGGAGGGGGCGGGCCAAGAAAAAAUUUAACACCUCAAAAGAAAAGAUUUUGUGUAUAAUCCUAUUAAUUUGGGGAAAAAUGGGGGGGGGCAUGGCACUUUUAGAGCAUUUGGGAUAAUAGCCUGUACUAAAAUAAAAGUAAUGUGCAAUGCUAAUGGUUCAGUUAUAUGAAUUAUGAUUAUCAAAUUUGAUUUCGAGAAUCCAUGUUUUAUGCACAAGAUUUAGCUACAUUAGUCAAAAUAAUCAACAAAUCUUUCCAAAACUUUCAUUUGAUUAUUUGUUACGGUUCCUUGUUAAAUAUCUAUUACACUUGAUGAAGUUCACGUUUAUAUGAAAAUUUAAUCUCUAUCCUUUCAAAUAUUAUUGGAGUUAAUUAUUAAAACAUUUAUCUAAUGUAUAUGAUGGUUAUCUAAUGAAAUGGCUUUAUGUGUCGCGAAAGCAAUUUGAUUCUUAUAAAAGGGAUACACCAACCUAUUUGCUCUGUUUUCUUUUUUAAAUAGCUCAAUAAUUAUUUAAAAUCACAUAUCACGGAAUACAUUACUUACAGGAAAUUUCUCUACAACCCUACCAGGAAUUUUCCCAGAGUUGCAAAGGGCUAUGUUUACCCCAGGCCUUUAGACAAAAGAUAAAAAGAAUGGUUUUGUGAAUUUUUUAAAUACAUUAGCUAAAUACAAAGAUUUUAAGAAAAAGAUAAGAAAAAAAUGAAGAUACAAAAUCUAUUUCUCAUACCAUGCUAUGCUAAGAUAUCGCUUUGACUCUUUUUCCUUGACUCUCGUUUAUAACAUAUAAGCACUGCUGUUCCCUGAACUUCUAUAUAUAAGAAAAACAAUACCUCGAAUGUUUUGCAAGCUAUUAACCCUUCCUUGGAUUGUCUAUUCAUCACUGUUGUCGGUUCGGUGUGUGUUCUUGUCACUGACGUAGCAAGGGUUGAAAGAUUGGAGGGGCAUGUUAGAGGCCGACAGCAGGGGGUCCGUUUCGUGGCCACACCCUUUAUAAUCUGGGAACACGCCCCAUUUUGUAUAUGUGUUUUAAAUGAUCUGUUUACAAACUUUCAACUUGGCCAUUACCCUCCGUUGUUCUCCGUUGUCUUUAUUCCCGACAUCAGAGCAGCGAGAAACUGUUAAUCUCGUAUCCACCGUGAGAAAGGAAAUAUCAAAUAUCCCACUACACUCAUUUUUUUAUAAGAAACUGGAUAUAAGAAAGGAGUACUGGACAGUCAGAAAAAAUUGAGAAACUUCAGUACUCGAAGCAAAAAUAUUAAGAGACUAUUAAAUCAUGAUAAAACUGAGAACAACGAAAUUUUGUAAAAUCCAAGAACAAGAUUGCCCUGUUGGCCUAGAACUUAAGACACAAGAGAUACAAAUAUACUUCCCACAUCUAAAUACAGCAUCGGAACGGAAGCGAAUCUCUUGACGUGAUAAAAAAAGGCCCCGAAUAUUUCAUAACAUCGUUCAUGACAUCAUAAUUAAGAAACUCUUAAGAAACAAUGAGUAUUGAAAUUUCCAGAACAUUAAAAAAAUUGGAGUACUCAACAUCGACCUUUGUUUUUUAUAAAAAAAUGAGAGCAUCUCAUUUGCAACCAAAAAAACAAAAAACCAGCAAGCCAAACUUAUUUGACAUCCUACAAAAAUGUGCUGUGUUGCACUAAAAAGAGUUAUUGUUCAUAUUUCUUUUAUUAGACUAUACGUAUUUACAUAAGGGUGAACAGAUUUGUUUUCAGAAAGGCGGAACUGGACAAACCGCACUAUUGAAAAAGGCCAUUGUUACUGAAUAAAUGUGGCAUUAACAGUAGCCAAUCAGAAUCAUUUAGAUUCACUUGUCACUCAAGUUAUUUGACAGCGGUAAUAUAACUGACAAACCCACCUUUGAAACAAACUUUCCAAGCAAACUUCACUCUCACCUGGUUACCAGGAAAAGUGUAAAUGUUUUGAAAGCCGUCAAGGACAGAUUUACUGGUUUAAAGACAUUUGAUUUCAUCAUUGGUUCUCAGGAAGGGCGAAUAGCCGGUCGAAGCAUUCAUUCGCCAUUUUAGUUGCAAUUGCUUGCUGGCAAACUGGUCUUCUGUUUCUUUGCAAUGGACUAACAACGUGUUUGAAGUGAAUCGCAGAAAGAUCCACUAUGGAAAUAAGUGCAGACGGAGAAAAUUUUUUUCGAAUGCAGAAAGUGAUUCAUGACGAAAUUCCUAAACAGCUGAGAGAAUUUUUCAUCAAGAAAUGGGAAAAUAAGGGAUACAGGUUAUGGGAAGAUUCACUCGACAAUGGAGACGACCUAUCGAAAAAAAUAUCUGCAAAAGCUAGAAUUAAAGGUAAAGAUAUGGAAAGGCUAAUCAAUGCUGGAAAUAGUAAGAAAUGGGACACAGGAUGUCUUGUUUUUGCAAUCUACAACGCUGGUCUUGACAUUGCCACUGAAAAACCCCACAUAGAGAAGCUGCGUAACUUCAGGAACAGUAUCAGCCACCUUCCGGAAGCAAAAUUGUCUCAAACAGAUACCAAUCGUUAUUUCAAGGAUGUUAUGGAUGUUUACAAAAAAUUAAAAUGGCCUACAAAAGCCAUUGAAAUUAUAGAAAAGGAAAAGAUAAAAACGGAGGAGAUGAAACGCCUUGAACGAAAGCUUCUGGCAGAGAAAAAGGCGGCCCUUAGAGAAAAUCAAGAAGACUUACGUACUCUUCCUAUGGAAAUACCCAACUUCACUGGAAGGGACAAGGAAAUGGAAGAUUUGGCUUUAAAACUAAGUCCACAAGAGGAGGCUUCUCAGAAAUACUUUCAUGUCAUCAAGGGUGGACCGUGCUGUGGGAAAACAUCAUUGGCUAUCAUGCUUGGGCACAAAAUGUUCGAAGAAGGUUAUAACUACGUAAUCUGGGUAAAUAUGAGAGAUUUGACUAGCACAGAAAUUCCGAAAAUAAGCGACGUCGCGCUGAAGAUUUUACAAGAGUUUGGUAUCGAUACCAGUGAAAUGAAAAGUGACGUUGUUUCAUGUCUAAACCAGAAAUUAGAAAGUAUCACUGCAACCAAAAGGAGGGCAUUGUUGAUUUUUGAUAAUGCAGAUAACCUGUUGCAAUCAAGUGACGACUCCAACUCGCUGUUCGAAUUGAAGAGGCUGAUAAACAAUAAUUCUCGAGGAAAGAUUCGUGCCAUUUUUACAGCAAGAUACUGUCAGGUUUUGGAGGAUGAGUUAGACAAGAUAGAGCUGAAAACCCUAAGCGAUGAAAGCAGCAAGAGAUUUCUUAAUGCUGAACUCUGCAAUCACAAGAUUGAACACAAAGAAGAUAUUGUUUCCAAGCUCGCAGAAAUUUGCCAAGGCUUGCCACACGCUUUAAAAAUAACUGUUUCAGCGGUCAAGAAGUUUGAAGAAACGGAUAUUCUGAAAGAUUACCUAGAUGAUUUAAAACAGAACCCAAUUGACACCAUAUCUGAAGAUAACACAAAUUUUGAACGAUUGUUUUUGACAUCAUUCAAAUACUUAAGUGAAGCACAGCAAGAACUGUUGCGAAUGCUGGCUGUCUUUCCAACCGGAUUUAAAUAUGCGGCUGUCAAAAUGCUUGCUAAGUCUGUGAACGCAAAAGCAAGGUUUCUAAACUCGUUGAGCCUGCAUGGUUUAGUAACAAGGGAUUAUCAAGAAGAAUACAUCAUGCACCCAUUUCUUGGAGAAAUUGUGAGGAAGAAUAAAUGGGAUCCCGAAAAGAAAGAGCAAUAUGAAAGAGAAUAUUAUUCUCUUUUUGUGACGCGUUUGUUUGAACUUGCCCGUGACUCUCUCAACAAAGAUAAUUACUGUUCUUGCCUCCAGGACUUCAUGCAACACAAGAACAAUUUUCAGUUUGUAAUCGAGAGGAUUGGGAAUGGCUUUGAGGGUGACUUGCAAAAGGUAAAUCUUAUUGGUAAGCUGGUAGAAAGACCAUCUCCAGAUUACAUAUCGUCCCUUUUGUUUUUGAUUGAUCUCAUCCCACCGACGCUGGUGACAAAAUUUUUUGAUGGUUGCGAAAAGUAUGCCCAUGAAAAUCUCAGACCAGUUAUUCGGUGUUGCUCCUAUGACGUCAGUAUGAAGUACUACCAGCACACAAAAAUUAUUCCUCCUGAUGUAGAUGAGCUUGACGAAUAUGGUCGUGCGCUUUUGGACAAGCGAACAAUCAGCACUACCAUUCAAGAAAUACCAUUUGUAGAUUACACGGAGAAGAAAUUUCACGCUGAUCGUAAAUACAUAGACGAAGUGAUAGAGAGAAUAAAAAAAUUGGAAAAUCAUCUAAUGCGGGCAUACUUUGAACACAAAUUGUUGAAGUUAAAAUCAAGAAUAUAUAAGAAAGCUGACUCAAAUUUAAGUAAAGUGAGUGAAGUUGCAAAGUUGCACGAAGAAUCGAUUAAGAUCUGCGAGGAAAAUUUUGGAAACAAUUGGCUGACUAUUGAUUGCCACGACCAGCUAGCUAAAAGCUACUGGAAAUAUAACGAAAACGAAAAAGCCCUUAAAGCCUUUGUGAAAGCCGAACAAAUUGGCAAAGAGAUGAAAGUAACAGGAAACAAAAAGUUUACAUCAAUAAGUUUGGACAAAGGAAGGUUUUUGAUAGAAUCAAAUUUUCAAGAAAAGAGGCAGGAAGGAGUAUCCAUGAUUGAGGAAGUUUUAAAAUCUUGUAUCGAAGUAACAGAUAUAAAAUUCUGGUGCCUGGCUUUGCGGUCACUUACAAGUUUUGACUCUUCACGUUACGGCAAAAUGGUCAUGGAGAGGUUUUUUAGCAAUGAAGUGGCAGUUCAUCCAUUAUUGACAUUAAUAUCGUAUAAAUUUCACACUGAAAUGGAAUCGCUGAGCAAUGAAGUAGAUGAAAGCAUCGGAUUUCAAAAAGGAGAGAAAAUUGUCGAUGACCUUCGUGAGGCGAGGAACCACUUAGAGAAGAAGUUUAAAGAACACAACUUGAAAGAAGAUUCUCUUGAGAAGGACGGAGUCGCAAGAACAAUGGUCAUUUUUCUUUACAAAUGGAACGUUUACCUCGCAUUAAAAUGCAGACCUUUGCUAACAAUUAGUGAACGGCAGAAAUUCGCUGAGGAGGCUAUUGGAAUUGGAGAAAAAUACAAGUGCAUUGGGGAUCACAAUACAUAUUGGCUGAAGAUAACAGCAAAAGGCAAUGCCGACGGUGUAGAUGAAUCGUUGUUGCAAAGAAAAGACUACCUCGAGUUUAUUAGCAAGAAUAUGAAUGAAAGAGGUAUGAAUAUGGAGUUGAAGGACAGAUACACAAGUCUUCUGAACGAUUCAUCAAGCGAUCAAAGACUGUGGUCAAUGAUAGUGAAGAGCCUAUCCAAGGACGAUCCGACAAUAUAUGAAGAGGUUACCCAAUAUCUGCUGAAUCAAACAGAGCCCUCUGAGGAUUUAUUAAGGCUUGCCAAGUCGAAGUUCUUCUUCGAAUUAGACAUCAUCAAAACUGAAAAUGAUGAAGCUGAAAUCAUCCGUAAAUCAAAACAAGCUAUACAUGAUCUGGAGAUUGCAACUGACCACCUCAUUUAUGUGCAAAAGCAUCAUGGUGUGAUUAAGGACUGCAUUCAAAAAGCGGUAGGAGACUGGAGCAAGCUUCUUGCUUUGAAAACAGGUCACGUCCUUAUCAAAGAUCAUUGCCGCCCUCAUGCCAAGAGAGCACUCGAGGUAUCGGAGAGAUUUCCCGAAAUUAUAAACGAAAAAGAUAAGAAAAGCCUGGAAAGGAUUGUAUAUGAUCGCAAGUUCUUGUCGGAUGCUGAGCAAGACAGGGAAAGGAAAAUCACAAUGUUUGCGAAGCGAUCAAGCUUUAUCAGGAAGCAUGAAGGCCAAGAUGAGCUUGAGAGAAAAUACAAUCAGUUUUUGUUUGAUUGUAAAAGCUACCCCAGGGUCCUCAUUAACAUGGUAAGAUUCGUUAUCAAGAACAACCAUGUGCCGCCAUUUAAAUAUAUGGAAUACAUACGUUUUCUCGAGGAUUGCUUCGAAAGUCAAUCAGCAAUCAAAACCUGGGACUACCAAUUUAUAAUUGAAAUCUUGCCCAUUAUUCUCUCUUGUCAAGAGUCAUACUUGGAAUCCAUUGUUUUUGCCAAGAAGAUCUACAGCAACCUAGCUGAUAAAAGGGCCAGUUUCAGUCUUACGAUGAAGAAGAAACUCGAAUUUCAGUUUCUCGUUAUUUUGUGUUUAGAGGUUGACCCCCUAAUGCUUUCUAGUUGGGACAGAAGGCAAUUUGUUUCUAAAGCAUUACAAUUGCUACGAGAUGGUAGAUUUCCUGUUUGUGAAGACGAAAAUUAUCACCAAAUGUACAUGGAUUUACUCAAUAACAUUGAUUGAACCGGUGAAAAUACUGACAGAACUCUUUUUUAAGUUAGAUUGUAAACUGCCAGUAUAAAUCAACUCCUUAAAAGAAUAUCUCGAUGUUCGAAAUAUACAUUGGAAAUUAACAUUGAUUUAAAAGAUCUAACGAGAAACUCUUUGCAAGUAGAAAAAAGAAAUAAACAAUCACUUUUUGGAAAACAAACCUAAAGGCUGCGCAUAGAAAUUUCAUAAUUUUAUAUUGUGGAUAUAUGAGCAGUUUCAGAUUAUCUGAACGUAAAGGUAUAUAGGUGACAGCUUAGCGUCGUUGUAACUCAUCCUGCAUUAUCCGAUAAUACAAUGUAGUAAGGAAAUAAGGAAAUGGUAAUAUAGUUUUAAAGGUAAUAGAUAUAGUUUUAGAGGGAUUAUGAGAGAGAGAGGUAUCUCAACAAAUUGCCUAUCAUGAAGCUACGAAAUUUUCAACUAUUGGGCCAUUAAGAAAUUCCACAACAAUAUAAAGUAAGAAAGGCUUAUAGCAAAACGUUUUCCGCUUAUAGUUGCUCUUGACGCCGAGCUCAUUUCUUUGCGCAGCUCUACUUGUGGGCCAAAGAGUUAGUUUUUAGUGUAGUAUUUAGUUGAAGUAUCAGUUGAUUUUACCAGUUGCCAUUAGUAGAGAGUUAAUGCGAGAGGCAUUAUCUUGCUGGUGAUUCUUUCAAACAAGAUGUACUCGGCAAUGGAAUAACUUAGCUUAGAAAAUCAGAACUGCCACUUUUAAUCAGUUUUUAUUACUAUAAUUGCAUUGUAUUAGAUGGGGGGAUGCAUUUUGAAGAAAAGGGGUCUGGGCUCUCUUCUCGUUAGCCUAUCUGCGAAAGGGGGAGAGUUCCUCUCUUAAGAACUUCACUUUAAUGUUAAUUUGUAUCCUUAUAUCAUUAUAGUAGUGGAUGACUUUUGUAAUUGAUUGAGUGUGUGCUGCACAUGAAACAUGCCUGUCAGACGUUGAAGUAUACUUUAUAUAAGCUUGAUUUUAACAUAAUAACCUUUUGUAAGAGGGCCAG